GGACUGGACCUGGAGGGCUUGAGGGCUGAGUGGAGAGUUUGGAUUUUAUUCUAAGGUGAUGGGGAGCCAUAGGGUUUAAGCAGAGCAGUGAUGAGAUCUGAUUUCUAUUGGGAAAACAUUGCCAUUAUUGCCCCCAUUUUAUAGCUGAGGAAACUGAGACCCAGAACCAUCGCCAGGAGUGCUUCCUAAGGUGGCUUCUCCCUCUGGGGCCCAGAGAGGGAGGCUGUAGAUUCCUUAGGAGCCCUCUGGUGAGUGGCCAGAGCCUAACACUGAAGACUGUCUCCUCCCUUCCCCCUCAGACCCGGACCUGGGUUCAAAUCCUGGCUCUGCCAUUUAUCAGCUGUGUGACCUCAGGCAAGUGGCCCCACCUCUCUGUGCCUCAGUUUUCUUAACUGUGAAAGGGCACAAUAGUAGUACCUACCUCACCCGGUAGGUGUGAGGAUUGAAUGAGUUAACAUAUAUAAAGAGCUUAGAACAGUGCCAGGGACAAAGAAAGCACUCAGAAAAGGUCUUCCCUAUUUUAUGACAAUUGUUAUGGUUGCUUUGCUUUUACUACUUUAGUGCCUCAAUGAGCACCCCACCCCCUACCCCACCCCGUUGUCGCCUCAGUGGAGGGCCAGGCAGGGACCCGGCAGGCCAUGUGGGGAAUGAUGGUCUUGUCGCUUCCUUCACCCCCUAAAAUCAGGCCCCAGAGCCUGGAGGAGGCCUCAGGGCUGACUCACUCCCAGGGGGAGGAGAGCUGCUCCCUGAGUCGCUUCCUGUCCCCUCAUGCCCUCCACCCCAACCCUGGUGCAGGCCCCACCAGGCACAGACGUGGUCCUGGGCCCUCUCAGGUCCCCCCAGGGCGCAGGUCUGAGGCCAGUGGGCACUCCCUUCUCUGGGCCUCAAGGUCCCAGUAGAAACUGGCCUAAUCAAAUGUGCCACCUAGGGCUUGGGCUGGCAGAGGGGACAGUCCCCUCCCUCCCAGAAUUUUGUCCUGCAGGGCUACAAUCUCCUCAUCUGUAAAAUGGAGAUUAAACAGUUUCUCCCUCCCCGGGCGGGUCCAGAGAUUUAAAGAAGGACGGUGCCUGGCACUCAGAACUCCUAGUUAUUAUUAUUGCUAUUAUUGCUAUUGUUGCUAAUGUUUACAGCUUGCACAAAGCCUCUACAGGCCCUCUCAGGCCCUAAGAGCUCACACUGACCUGGCCUGGAAGGUGGGGCUCUCCUCCCUUGGCUAGAGAAUGGAGGGCCAGAGAGGGCCAGCACUCUGCUCAGGGACACACAGCUAGACGAGGUGCGUUAGGGCUUGGUGCGGAGGGAAAGUAGCCAGGCUGGACUCCUCAGGGUGACUUUGGGCAACUGACUCAGCCUGUGCCAGCCUGUUUUCCAGUAGUCAAAUGGGAAUAAUAAUAGAGCUCACCUCGUAGGGGUUGUCGGGAAGAUUAAAAUGGGUUAAUUAAUACCCGGAAAAGCACUUUCUCGUGCCGGGCGCAGUGAACGUUAAGCGGUCCUUGUGGCUGUGGGGGAGGGGGACUCAGUUUUUCCAUCUCCCAGAUGGGUGCCUUGCCGAGUGGGCCUCGCGGACUGCAUGCGCCAGAUGUGCGGACCGGGCCAGUGCAGCCGUGGAAUGGGGGGCCCGGCCCGCCGAGGGGCUUCCUGGGGUCGGCCGGGCGGCUGGGACCCAGUCCCUGCGACCAGCCACCUGCCAGCGCGCCUGGGCUCGGUUCCGGCCGCCGCCUGGCUUCCGUUCUCCCCUUUUGGGUAACACCUGGGUUGGCGGGUUCACCUGCCCGCGGCCGGCCGCCGGAAGUUGCGCAAACGCGUGUUACCUGAGCCCCAGGUGGGCCGGGCCGAGGAGCGCAGUGCAGCGGCGCGGGCGCAGCCGGCCGUUGCGGGUGUCCAGCUGCCAACUUUCUGCCGGGAUCUGUCUCCUCAUUUCUCCGGUCUCCUCGGACCGAAGCCCUCGGGGGGUAUGUAACAGCCAUGCCUGUGGACACGCUGACUCCCGGAGCCCGGGACAGCCCCGCCCCACCUUUCCGCCUGCGGACCAAGGUCCCCGGCUACCUGCUUCGGCGGCCAGCAGACGGUGGAGCUCGGAAACCUAGUGCCGUGGAGCGCCUGGAGGCCGACAAGGCCAAGUACGUCAAGAGCCUGCAUGUGGCCAACACCCGCCAGGAACCUGUGCAGCCCCUGCUGUCCAAACAGCCGCUCUUCAGCCCUGGGACUCGCCGCACGGUGCUCACACCUAGCCGCAGGGCCCUACCUGGCCCCGGCCGCCGGCCCCAGCUGGACCUGGACAUCCUUAGCAGCCUCAUAGACUUGUGUGAUAGUCCCGUGUCCCCUGCCGAGGCCAGCCGUACCCCUGGACGGGCAGAGGGAGCCCGCCACCCGCCCCCAGCCACCCCUCCACGCCCGCCGCCCAGCACGGCUGCGGUCCGCCGAGUGGAUGUCCUUCCCCUGCCGGCCUCACCUGCCCGGCCCUGCCCGUCGCCAGGCAUUGCUGCCGCCUCCAGCCUGGCCCGGCCCCCGGGUUUGCAACGCUCCAAGUCGGACCUGAGCGAGCGCUUCUCGCGGGCGGCUGCUGACCUUGAGCGGUUUUUUAACUUCUGCGGCCUGGACCCGGAGGAGGCACGGGGGCUGGGUGUGGCCCACCUGGCCCGGGCCAGCUCGGACAUCGUAUCCCUGGCGGGGCCCAGCGCUGGGCCGGGCAGCUCCGAGGGGGGCUGCUCGCGCCGCAGCUCCGCCACUGUGGAGGAGCGGGCCCGCGAGCGCGUCCCCUACGGCGUGUCGGUGGUGGAGCGCAACGCCCGCGUGAUCAAGUGGCUGUACGGCUUGCGGCAAGCGAGGGAGACCCCAGCGGCCGAGGGCUAGGCCUCCGCUGGACUGGCGGUCGCCACAGGACAGAUCUUAGAGAGGCACUUGGCCCCUUGACCUCUCCUGCAUCCGUUCCCUGCCUUGGGGCAGACGAGAGGCUGCUGACUGGUGUGAACUGGGUGUGGAGGCAGAGGCUGAGAGGCUGGACCAGCAUCCGUCUGGCAAGGACUGACCCUGGAGAGAGCUGCCUCUUGAGCUUGGACCACCCCCUACCCUCACGUGUCAGAGUUGUGACACGAGCGUCCCCCUGCUUGGUUCCUCUGGUGGGUUUGGAUGUCAGCCGCUUAGCCCUCCCCGCUGAGAGCGAGGGGCCGAGGGAGCUCACCAGGCCGGUCUACUCAGCAGCUCUGUUUCCUUCUUCCUUGGCCUCUGUCCUUUGCUGACUUCCUCUUCCUUACCCAGUGGGCCCUGGCUCCCUGGGAACUCCCCCCGGCGGUGGGGGCAGGGGGCAAUGGCCUGUCCACUAUUCUUUUCUGGCCUUGGCAGCCCGGCCUAGGUGCGUAGACUGCAGGAGGGACUGGUUAGUUGUCUGCACUGCUCUGACUUCCCUCCCCUUGGUUAAUAAACACAAACGCUUGUUUUUCAA